GCGGAGGGGAGCGCGCGCCCGCCGCGGGUUACAGCGGCUGCGCCCCGCCGCCGCCGCCAUGGACAGCGACGAGGAGACGCUGGAGGAGACCGUGGAAGGGCAUCUAGAUGACGAUGGGUUGCCACAUGGAUUCUGUACAGUCACCUAUUCAUCGACAGACAGAUUUGAGGGAAACUUCGUGCACGGAGAAAAGAAUGGUCGUGGCAAGUUCUUCUUUUUUGAUGGAAGCACACUGGAAGGUUACUAUGUUGAUGAUGCCCUGCAAGGUCAGGGAAUCUACACUUACGAGGAUGGAGUGGUCCUUCAUGGCACAUACGUGGAUGGAGAACUGAAUGGACCAGCCCAGGAGUAUGACAGUGACGGGCGGCUGAUAUUUAAAGGGCAAUAUAAAGACAACAUUCGACAUGGAGUUUGUUGGAUAUAUUACCCGGAUGGAGGCAGCCUUGUGGGAGAAGUGAAUGAUGAAGGGGAGAUGACUGGAGAGAAAAUAGCUUAUGUGUACCCUGAUGGAAAAACUGCAUAUUCUGGAAGGUUCAUAGAUGGAGAAAUGAUAGAAGCAAAACUGGCAACUCUGACAUCUGUAGAAGAUGGGAAACCUCAAUUUGAAGUAGUACCAGGCAGCCCAGUAUACAGUUUUGACAAAUCUACUUCAUCCUGCAUUUCUACAAAUGCACUUCUUCCUGAUCCUUACGAGUCAGACAGGGUGUAUGUUGAUGUCUCUCUCAUUUCCAGUGCUGGAGAGGGAUUAUUUUCAAAAAUAGCAGCAGAAGCUCGUACAGUUAUGUCCUUUUACAAUGGAGUGCGAAUUACACACCAGGAGGUAGACAGCAGAGACUGGGCCCUCAAUGGAAAUACAAUAUCCUUGGAUGAUGAAACAGUCAUAGACGUGCCAGAACCCUACAACCACGCCGCCAAGUACUGUGCCUCACUGGGGCAUAAGGCCAACCAUUCUUUCACUCCUAACUGCAUUUACGACCCGUUUGUUCAUCCUCGUUUUGGGCCAAUCAAGUGUAUCCGUACCAUCCGGGCUGUGGAGAAGGAUGAAGAAUUGACAGUGGCUUACGGAUACGAUCACAACCCUGUGGGCCAGAACGGGCCGGAAGCACCAGAGUGGUACCAGCUGGAAUUGAAAGCUUUCCAGGCUGCCCAGCAAAAGUGAAAUGGAAGUUCCUUCUCAGUUCAGCAAACUGAAAUAGAAACUUGGAUCUAUGCACUACCUUUAUACUGAAAACUGGACAACCAGGGAUUGUUCAUGCUGUUGCAUCAUAACUUUGCAUUCUGUGUUAAGAGAUAAGUUUCUUGCAUACUAACUAGGUUUGACUGUGUUACUCAUAGCAGAUUUAAAAUUAGCUAGUGUUGCACCAGUCUUAUCUGGAGAAAUUAUUUAAUAUUCUAUACAAGAUGUGAUAUUCUUUGGUAGCUUCUGCUUUUGCACCAUAUGCAAAGAUGCCAAAAGACUAGACAGAAAACUAAAAUGGGUAUAUCGUUCACUUAUAGUCGGCAGACUUAGUGUUGCUCUCUAUCUGCCUAGGCAUUAUUGUGCAACUGCAUUUUGCAUAUAUGCCACUUGUGAUGAUAACAGUAAUAUUUUGAUAUUCUCUAAUAGUAGCAUAAUUUUGCCUUUUUAAACCUUUGAUCUGAAUCUUGCAAUAGAGCAGUUUAUUUAUUAGCAUAUAGGAGGCUGGGUUUUUAACUCCCUUUUCCUCUUGUCUGAAUGUUGUUCUUUCUACAAGUCCUCUUUUGCAGGAGAAAAUCCUUUCUAACUAGCGGAAAGGCUUUUAUGUGUAUGUGAGAAUGCUGUGUGUUGGUCUCUGUGGCUCUCUAAAUAGUUUUAGCAACAUGUCCAAAAGUAGUAUUUAUCUGGCCUUUAUGGCUGGCUUAUUCUAUUUAAUUUAUGAUUAUCACACACAAAUCAAGCUGUUCUUUGCAUGAAGAUUUUCUGAAAGGAGAAAACAAAUUCAGUUUUUGAAGGACUUUCAAAAGUGUAUGUUCUGAAGGGCAAACACAUCAACUGCAUUAGUGUCCAUGAGUUGGUUUGUGUAUCUUAUCUGUUAAAAUGGCCAAUUCUUAAGGCAAAAAUUAUAGCACUAAAUGCAAGUAUCUCAUAUGAAUUCACUUAAAGGAAGUGUGUGUAUCUGAGGGCAGGCUGUAGUACUUUGUUAAAGAGGGCUGUAUCUUUUGUAUGUGUUCAGUUGAUAAAGAGUAUGGCCUUAUAGCAACCUUUCUAUUAAUACUUGUUUAAGACACAGUAAAUUAAUAUAGUAUGAGAUACCAAACUAAGUUUUUAAAAUGUAGAUAUGAAGGGAUUGCUUUUGAAAGACAAACAAUGAAUGUAAAAACAUCACUCUACUCAUUUAGAAAUGACAGCUAAUCUAUAGCUCUGUUGCAGCCAACACUGGUGGCUUGUGAAUACUCAUCUGCAGGGUUGUCUUCUGAGGUUUUUUUUUUUGUUUUCUUUUUUUUAGGGUUAGGGGAAUUUUUCAUUAUUUGAAAUACUGUGCCAGACUUGCCUAAUGCUGUAGAAGAGAGAAAAACAGUAUCAUUUCAGUCUAGAUACUGGGGCCCUUGUGGGGCUCUGACGUUCUCUUUGGGUUAAGCAGUUUAGGAACAAUUCAAAUGCAUUUGCAACACUUUCUUCAAAUCUUUGUAGUUUAGGAAGUGUUUGUAUAUAUGUAACAUAAAAAAAAAUGAAAAUUAGACCUACCUUUCUAUUGCAGCCCACUUUGGUUGGUUGCUUGAACAGCUGGAGAUGUCUGGCUCUCUGGGGAGCUAGACUUGAAGAAUGUGUUGGGAUGGUACAUGUAAGUGGAAGGAUGAGGUUGCUAUUUUAUGCAAUCUGAGAAUCCUUGCUUUGGUACGUGUACAAAAUUGUGGAAUUACUAAUAAGGACCUCUCUAAUUUGAGGCUCUGUUUAGUUUCUGCAACUGUUUGAUCACGAAGCUUUUUCAACACCUCUCCAUUUAAGCUUGCACAAAAGCUACUCUGUGUGUGUGCGUUCUGUGGGGACAAGUGGGCUCGGAGCUUUUUCAUGCUCUCCCAGCAGUGAUCUGAAUGUGAGCUUUGUCAGAGCCCACCUCCUCGCUCUGGAGACUCUGGCCGUGGCUCUGCUCCUCAGCAGCGGCAGGUGGCCAACACAGAUGAUACUUCAGUGACUCAGCUUAGUACACUGAGAAGCAGAACUGAUCCUCGCACAUGGGGGAGAGUUGUCAAAGGCUGAUUGACAGUACAGCUUCAGCAGAUCAACCUCAGAAAGAAAUAUGUGUGUUUUGAGCUCUUUCCCUACCUGCCCACAGAUGAUUAUUUAGGUUGUUGCUGUUUCUGCCAUUUGCAGAAAGGCCUGCGUUGGUGGUAGGAAGCUGUUUUGUUUAUCUCGUGGAUUAUUCUUCCAAGACCGUAAAGUUGGCAAAAUAUAGGCUUGUGUUUAAGUGCAGGGAAGAGGAGGAGGAAACUGUGAAGCUGAACCCUGCAGUGAAUGGACAGUAACUCCUUCCACAGCCGUGAUAACCUGCUCUGGAGCACUUGCCUCUUUGUGCCAGCUAGAGAUCUGUGGUCUGAUCUCCAGAGUUCCUUCUGCUCCAUUUCAAAUCUAUCUUCGAUUCCUCCGCUGUCUCUUAAUAACAUAGACUUGCUUAUUUUUUAAUAGGUAUGUCUGUCUUCACAUUGCCUGUUUUUUUUUUUUUUUUUGUUUUGUUUUUGGUUUUUUUGUUGUUUUUUAGAUAAACACAAGACAGAUGCUGUUUGCACAUCAGGUUUGAUGGUUGCAUCCUAUGGUAGGGAAAUCCUAGGGAAAAAAAAAGCCCCAAAUUGUCCACUGCAUAUUCUCAAAAGCCAUUAAUUUGGUGAUAGUCAAACAGAUUCUCUUGGUCUUGUGUAUGCCUGUAGCCUGGUGGUAUGCCACAACUGUGGCUAGUGUCUCUCUUAGCUCUACUAUCCUCUUUCUCUCUGCUCUGUUAAAAAUCUAUUGGUCCUCCUACAGAUCCUUCUUCAGUGACCAACCUUCUAUAAAAGUUUUGAUUAUAAAACUGCUUUGGCUUGAAUCAGGACCAAGCCUUUUAAUUGCUUUUUUUUAUUCCUUUGUGGUCUCCUCGAUUGGAGAUUUUCAGGAUGGUGUUUACCACUAGAUAGUGAAAGGGCCCAGAACUCAGUGCGUCCUUCGGAUGUUCUAAGAGUAGUGAGCUGGUAAACACAGGUUUAGACACCAGAUAGUUAUAUAACUCAGAUUAAUGCCUUAACUUGCUUUACUUACUGCAGCUCAGCUUUGGGGGCUUAGCAAAACUAUUUAUCAGUAGUAACACUUCAGAUCCACACCAAAACUUGAUUUUAAUUUGGAGCAGACAAAAUCGUCACUUUGCAAAGCAAUCAAUUUGAGUUCAUUGAAUACAGUUGACUACUUGUGAAUAUGCAGUGAGUAGAGAAGCUGCACUCCUCAGAGUCUGGCCAAAGACCUGUUCUAUUGGAACAGCCACUGGAAGAGGAAGAGCUGAUAGAUAUCAGCUGAACCUAAGUCACCAGUUGGCUCUCAGUUUACCUUUUGUGACUAAGGAACGGCAUAAAAGAAUAUGGAACUGCUGUGUUUUUCAGAUGAGGGUUGGUUCCCACCUUCCACGCUUGCGUUGAAGUUUGCGGAAUCUCGACACAAAUUAGAUCCUGCAACAGGGUUGUUUUCAGAGCUCCUUUAUGAGAAGGAGCAUAUACCAGCCUGUAUUAGAGGCUGUUGAUCACCUGUUAAAAAAAAAAAAAAAAAAAAAACUUAAAUGAUCUUCCUUCCAAGGCGGCUCUGUGCUUUGUUACUGGGAACACAGAAGUUUAAUCUUUUGGAGCAGCAGGCAAUCUUGGAGACCAGAGUGCAUGAGGAGGUACAGCUGAGGGCACCACCUGCUGCUGCAUUGCUUGUUGGACAGGAAUAAGAAGGGCUGAGGCCUAGAGGGGAAGGACAUCUUGUAUUGGGUCUGUGAUUUGACCUCUUUGGGAUCCACUGAAACACCUGAUUUUAGUAACCGCCAAAAAUCUGAAAAAACUUCUUUUGUUUUCUUUCCUUUUUUUUUUUUUUUUUUUGUAAUAAUUAAGAAAGACCUUACUCCUCAGAAGUGAAUGUGAGUCCUAACUGCUGAAAAAAAUCAAAACAAAUAUAUGGAAGUGAUGUUUUUAGGUAUGAGAGUACUCUAUUCUGACCUUUUUCUACUGUUGUGACAAUAGCCAUUGGGAUAGUCCUUGCUUUUUCCCAGAUGCCGAUCACAGGUGGUGACAAGGGAGCUUCGUGCAGGUUUUGUGGUGUUUGGAUGACUCAUUGCUUGGCCUUGUGAGGCCGCACGUUUCAGGGGCGACGGGAUAGCCUUCUCAUUAGUUUAGUGGAUUCAGAUUCAAGCUUUUAGUGUUGCACCCAGUUGGCAGUGGCUUUAGUUUCUUUCGGGGGCUGUCAUAGUACUUUGCUCACAUGGAAGUGAGAGCGCUGUCAGAGGAUUUUGCACACUUGCUCUGCCAGGAGCUCGAGGAGGAGAGUAGCCAAUGUAUCCUGUCUGUUGCAAGAACUUGAGAAGUGGUGGAAAACAUCACUUUUCUGUUUCCAUCUCAGGUGGCCUCAGGCCAGGUAGGGAGCCCUGUAUGUGGAUCGGUUGUCCCCGUCACUGUUCCUGGGUGGCGUUUAUCCUUCGGUGCUGACCUGUCCCAGUGCUCACCAAUUAGACUGAGCCAGGAGUUGUACAAUGUCAUUCUGUCCUAGAGACCUCCAUGAUUUUUAUCUUUUCAUUUAAUUUGACAGCCUUUUAGAAAACACCAUGUUUGCGAUGAGGUGGCAAGUUGUACAGAGCCAGUUAUCUGCUACUUUGUUCUCCGCCCGCCCAGCAGAAUUCCUGAAGCUGCGGGCGCCUGAUGAAUUCACCUCCCAGCACCUAAAAAUGUGCUUUGAAAACAGUGUCGCUAACGUGUUUCCUUGUGUGCUGAGAUGCUGCAUUAGACUCCUCCUGCCCGCUCACACCGUGCUGUCGUGUGCUCAGAGUAUUUGCACGAGGAACACAGACAUGGGAGCAGCUUUACCUGUGAAUGUAAGUGUGAGCUUCACACUUACCUGUGCCCCUGGGAGAACUUGUUCCUUGUGCUUUGUGUGCUAGAAACAUGAGAACUAUAUUUUUGGAAGUAGUUCUUGUAAACAGCCUUACCAAGGAUUUUCUUUUUUGAAAAAGGUGCAAGAUUGAGUGCAUGUUUACUUGCCCCAGAUCAAAGGUUUUGAACACUAAGGUCACUAUCUGUCGAAUGGACCCUCCUCUUGGCUCUCUUCUGUCUUCAGGCAAUUGAAGCUCCUGCCCUUUUUCUCUGCUAGUUUUCCUGUAAGUACUUAUUUCUUUUUUUCCAAGAGAACUAUAUAUACAAAAAUUCUAAGCAAUGAAAUGUUCAAGCCAUAAAAUCAUGAGUGUGGGAAGACCUUCUUCACAAGUUUUAACAUAUUUGUAUGUAAACUGAUGUUUGUAUGAAAUAUUUUCAUGGUAGAGUGAAUAUUAAAAAAAAAAAAAGUUCCAGUAAGAUCUAAACCAAAUUUAAAAGGAUGUCUUUUUGUAAGAUGCAAGUGUAAUUGAUUACCAAUAAGUAGAUCGAUUUUUUUUUUAAUGGAGGAAUGCAACAAAUUGUCUUUACAAUGACAAAUGAUCAUUUCUGCUACUUGAGAAAGAAUAUUUAUGCAGCAGUACACAUAGCUGUCGUAAAUCAUUGCAAUAGCAAGGCCAGUCCCCUCUAGGACAUACCUCUCAGCUUUUCCCUCUGUGGUAUUGUACAAACCCACCCGUCUCUACUUUCUGCCGAUUUCCUCCUAUAAAGUUUUUCCUACUGUAAUUGUACUGAAUUUAACUAUUGAGCUAAGAUCCAGACUAAAAUUGUGUACUACUAACAGUUUCUGCUGGGCCUUCUGCUAUUUUAAUACUCUUUAGCCCAUAAUUUUUGGGUGUCUAUGUUCUGAAGAACUAAGUGCUAAAGAAUAAUCCUUGGGGUAAGCUUAUACAUGCAUUAACAGUUAACCCCAGAGUAUUUAACUUGUAUACAGUACUUGAUAGGUGUUUUAUGACAUUUGUACUAGAACUAUGAGCCUUACUGAACAUCUGUAGGUUUAUUCAUGACUUUUAAAAAAAUGGAUAACUCUAAGAAAGAUGUUUACAUGAAUGAUGAUUGCCCUUCCUUGAUGUUAUGAAUGAGGUUUUUAUAGUGUGUUUGUGUGUAUGUGCAAGGAAGCAAGAAAAACGUUUCUGGAGAAAAAUAGACUUGACAAACAUUUGUAAUAAGUGAAUUUUAAAGAUUGCUUUAAUUGCGCUAUGAAGGCAAUGCAGAUAUUAAAAUAUUCAAUUGACCAGAACAA